AUGGAAAGAUCUAAAUUACGUGCUGUUGCAGACUUUCCCGAGCCAGGCAUACAGAUAACAUCACAAUUUCCAAAGAUAUUUAGCACGAUAUGCUUGGGAAUCUGUUUUAUCGUAUUUGUAUUCUAUAAAGGAGGUAAGGCCUUUUUCACAAGAUUCUAUUCUUUACCACCUCAAAGUUAUGUACAGAAUAUCAAGGAGGCAGUGAAUGGUAACGGAUUAGUCAAAAGGUCCAAAGUUGGUAUAAAGAAGGCUAGCUAUAGAAGAAGACUUAUUUUAGCCUCAGCAAAGCCGCAGAUGUACUCGACCGUCCCAUUGACAAGCAAGAAAGAUACAGAUUGUUCUAAUAAGGCUUAUCAGGAUAUUAGAAUUGCCAGGGUUGAUAAGGAGGAAAAUUCUGAAUUUCUUAACCUUAUUAAACCAAUGGAACCCGACUUCCCAAAAAGAAAAAUAUUAUAUGGUUUUUUUCAUCCUUACAGCUAUGCUGGAGGAGGUGGUGAGCGUGUUUUAUGGCAAGCAGUGUACGUGACAUUGCAAAAAAGUUCAAGAAACGUUGCCCUUAUUUAUACGUUUACCGAAUCAAACGAUCAAUCUGUUUCUUCCAUACUUACAUCUGUUCACAAGACAUUUGGUCUUGAUUUCUUCACUGAGGACAAAAAGGGCAGGGUUGUGUUCAUGCAACUUCCAAAUAAAUACAGAUGGAUUAUUGAUGGAAACUCAUUCAAGUUUCUAACUAUGGCAUUUCAGGCAUUGGGAUCUGUAAUUGCCUUCUUUUUUGCAAUGAAUGAAUGCGCACCAGAUAUAUUCAUAGAUACGCUCGGUCUCCCAUUCAGUUAUCCCUUAGCAAGCUGCUUUCUACAAAUUCCUGUUUAUGCUUAUGUUCAUUACCCAUGGGUUUCUAAUGAUAUGCUUAACAAGCUUGCUAUCAAAAUGAAGAAGAACCCGGUGUAUAUAUUAAAAUACGCUUACUGGUACCUUCUGAUGAAGUUAUAUUCUAUAUGCGGCUCUUUUUUGACAGAAUCCUCUUGUAACUCAAGUUGGACUCUAAAAAAUCUAUUAAAGGUGUGGACGUGGGCAGAUGAAGAUUCAAAACCCGCUAUCAUAUACCCACCUACUGGGAUUGAUGAAUCUAAAAUUCGACUUAAUGCAGACAGUUCAAGGUCACAUAUAUUCUUGUAUAUUGCUCAAUUUAGACCUGAAAAAAGACAUGAGUUGUUGAUCAAAGAAUUUCAUAAAUAUGUUACACGGUGUGACAAAUUGUGCGCUAAACCGUUCAAGCUUGUUCUCAUCGGCAGUACCAGGUCUGAUGAUGAUAAAAAAACGGUUGAACAUCUUAAGAGUCUUAUCAAUGAUUUCUCGUUUCCUGAAGGAAUGAUCGAGAUAAAAGUUAAUGCCGCUAGGGAAGAGGUUGAUGAAUACCUCAAUAAGUCUGAAUUUGGUCUGAAUGCUAUGUGGAAUGAACAUUUUGGUAUUUCUGUUGUCGAGUACAUGAUUUAUGGUGUUAUACCGAUUGUUCAUGCCAGUGGUGGUCCUCUUGCAGAUAUAGUUGUUCCUGUGGAUUCUGAUACAGGAAAACUUUUAGUUGAGAAGGGAGAAAGUUAUUCAAGAGAUACUAUAGGUGAGACUUAUAUGCCCGGACUUUUCUUCCAAGAUCCUUCUGAUCCAGAUUCUAGUACUAGAAAAACUGAAUUUGAAAGUUUAUCCGACGUUCUUUGGCGAGCUUCAGAACUUACAGAUGCUCAGAGACUUCAAUAUCGUAAGAAUGCUAUAAGUGUUGCCGAAAAGAAAUUCGGAAUAUCGGUGUUUGAGCAAGAAUGGGAUAGAGUUACAACAUCAUUGGCUGAUUACGAAAUAUAUGAACGUAAUAAAAGAGGUAAAGUCGAAAGGUUAUAUUGA